GCAUGUCAUUGCGUUCCAUCUCUCCAUCGGUUAUCUGUUUUAUCUUUUUAAUUUCCCCCCCUUUUACCACAUUCUCACCGCUUCUCUUCACCUUCUUCGCCUCGAGCAAAGAUGGAGCCACAAAAGGCACAUGCGAACCUCUUCCAGGUCUAUCUGCGCUUGCGCCCCCCUCCCGCUGGGAAUGCUAGUGGCGAGCGUUUCCUCUUGGUCGAGGACCCUGCCGACGACGAGUCGCCCACGCACAUCACGUUAAACCCCCCCAACGACCGGCGGCGAGCCAUCGAGAAAUUCGCAUUCACGCGGGUAUUCGAAGAGGACGCCACGCAGCUUGACUUAUUCCAGGGCACCCGAGUGCUUCCUCUGGUUGAAGGCGUGUUAGCACCCCACGGCGGCGAUGGCACGGACGGCCUAUUGGCGACGCUGGGAGUCACCGGCUCGGGCAAAUCGCAUACAAUUCUCGGAUCUCGAAGUCAGCGCGGUUUGACCCAGCUAGCUCUUGACGUUGUGUUUCGAUCCAUCGAAUCCAACAUUGUCGAUUGCGAUACUACUCCGACGUUGGAAGCCAGUAUACGGACUUCCGACGCGUCGGAGGCCACCAUCUUGUCCGCGUCAGCGUUCCUCGAUACUGUCUACGGAGACGCUCUCAUCACGUCUCGGGCUGGCUCUAGAGCUCCGACGCCUUUGACUGUACGACCUUCCACACCUAAUGUUCCUCCCCAACUCCCCGGGCAAUUCCCAGCAAGUCCCGGAAGCGUUCGACUCGUUCGUCAUCAAGAUGACUUGUUGAAUAUCGCCCAGCUUUCGACGCCGCCCAGCCAGCGGGAGGGUGUACUGGCACCCUCCUCGGCGCAAGUCACGCCAGGUAGGCCAAAGUUGGCCUACCGUUCACCCAACAAGCAUUACAUGGCCCUCACCUCGGCCGCGAGAUAUAAGAAUGUUACUAAAUCUCCCAUAAAGAGCGAUUACCCGUCGCCCACGUCGGGACGCCGCCUACAACGACCUUCCGCCUUCCCGCAAGCGCCAGAUAUCAGUUCGAUUCGAGCGUCCUGCGACCCCUCGGCCGAGUACGCGAUCGUCAUCUCCAUGUACGAGGUGUACAACGACCGAAUCUUCGACCUCCUGACGUCGCCGCUGAAGUCGAACGCCACGAAGGAGUACCGCCGCCGCCCGCUCCUCUUCAAGUCGACCGAGCUAUCCCCGGACCGCAAGGUCGUCGCCGGCCUGCGCAAGGUCAUCUGCGGCAGCUUCCGCGACGCGCUGAUGGUGCUCGAGGCCGGGCUGCUCGAGCGGCGCGUCGCCGGCACCGGCAGCAACAGCGUGUCGUCGCGGAGCCACGGCUUCUUCUGCGUCGAGGUCAAGAAGCGCCGGCGCGGCCGCGCCCACGGCCGCUGGGGCACGAGCACCCUGAGCGUCGUCGACCUAGCCGGCAGCGAGCGCGCGCGCGACGCCAAGACCCACGGCGCCACCCUGGCCGAGGCCGGCAAGAUCAACGAGAGCCUGAUGUAUCUGGGCCAGUGCUUGCAGAUGCAGAGCGACGCCAGCAGCAUGGCCAAGCCGAACCUAGUCCCCUUCCGUCAGUGCAAGCUCACGGAGCUCCUGUUCUCGAACUCGUUCCCGUCGUCGGCGUCGCUGUCGCAGAGCGCGUCGAGCCGGCGCGCGCCCCAGAAGGCGGUCAUGAUCGUCACGGCGGACCCGCUCGGCGACUUCAACGCGACGUCGCAGAUCCUGCGCUACAGCGCGUUGGCGCGCGAGGUCACGGUGCCGCGCGUGCCGUCGAUCACGUCGACAAUCCUCGCGACGGCCGCAGCGGCGGCCGCGGUGGCGGCGGUGUCCGCUCGGCCCGGGUCCGGCGCGGGCUCGCAGCGCGGUGACCAGUCGGAGCCGAGCGAGGGGUCGCGCAGCGCGACGAGCUCGCCCGUGACGUACCGGCACCACCAGCAGCAGCACCGGCGGCCGCGGCGCUACGAGGUGCCGCCAUCGCCGCCGCCUCCGCCGCCUCGUCGCCGCCGUGAGCGCGAGCACGAGCGGCCGUGGCGCACGUUCUCGCCGGCGUCGGACACGGAGCGCGCGACGAUGGAGAACGCGGCGCUGGAGAUCGCGCGCAUGGCGGAGGCGAUCGAGCAGCUGCAGGCGGAGCUGGAGCGGGAGCGGGCGGCGCGGGUGGCGGCGGAGGCGCACCUGGAGUCGGCGGAGGAGCGGGCGGCGGAGCUGGAGCAGGAGGUGCGGGAGGAGUGCUACGCGGACUUCGAGGCGCGGCUGGCGGCGGAGAUGGGGCGGUGGAAGGCGUCGCGGUCGCAGGAGCAGGAGUGGGGGGAGGCGCACUGGGACCGGAAGGUGGAGGUGCUGGCGCGCGGGGUCGGGGCGGUGGUGGUGACGGCGCCGAGCCAGGACGGCAGCGGCAGCGACGGCGACGACGACAAGGAGAACGUGCUGAUCGAGAACCUGGAGCAGGAGAACGAGCGGCUGCGUCGCGAGAUGGCGGUCCUCAAGCGCGAGCUGGCGAACCGCACGCCGAGCAAGCGCGCGCCGCUGCAGGAGCGCGGCGACGUGCCCAGCGUCCGGUCCGAGAUGGCCGGGCUCGGCAGCCGGCUCGACCAGCUGCGACUGAGCAGCCACGGCAGCCUGGCCGACGACGAGGGCCAGCGCAAGGCCCCGGGCACCGGCGGCGGCAUCAAGAAAAAGGUGCUGAAGGUGUCGAGCGCCGGCAGCCCGACCAAGAAGGUCCGGAAGCUGCCGGCGAAGAAGUGGGACGACGCCACGGCGACGGCGGCGCUCGCUGACGAUGACGACUUGACGUAGUAAUGAGGGUCGGGAAACAGGGUCGGAUCCAGGGUCAUACGGAUGGACGGGAGGGACAGGCGGACGUGCAUGAGAGAAUGAGAAAGAUACGAUAUGGUUGACGAGGCAAGGGAGCCAAGGCAGAAGGAGGCGAGACGAGCUCUAUCGGAUGGU